GUGACAAAAGAUAGUAAAAAAGGAAAAAGAAAAGUUAACAGAAGUAUCCAGACUCGAUUAAAAAAAACAGGAUAUUUGCAGGGACACGAAAAAAGUGGGGAUGGAUACCGAAAGGGCAUUGUGGGAUAGAAAUGGGCAUGCCAGAAAAGCCAGCAAAGUAGAGGAUAUUUGGUGAUGCUACUCUUCCUCUGAACUCUAAAGUCUAGAAAUCAAGAAUAAAGGCUCAGCUUUUUAAGAUGAAACGCAUCAAUCACGGAAAAUGAAUCCAAUUCCUCCCCCUUUUCACUUUUUCACUGUUCAUCAGCUCAAAUUCUUUGCUUCGCUUUGUCAUCGGUUAAAUGAAUCUUAAUCAAAACACUUCAUUCCUCUUCUUGCAUCCAUCUUCUCCAACCCCACUUCACUUUUUAUUUUCCUCAACACUCUCCAGAUUUUGGCGCUGGGAUCAGAAAUUGAUCAGAAUGGCUAAUGUGGUGGAGUUGAAGGUGGGUUUGCACUGUGAGGACUGCAUCAAGAAGAUCCUCAAAGCCAUCAAGAAAAUCCAAGAUAUAGAGACAUAUAAUGUAGAUACGCAGCUGAACAAGGUGACUGUUACAGGCAAUGUCACCACAGAAGAAGUCAUCAAAGUGCUUCACAAAAUUAGCAAAACUGCAAUCCCUUGGCAAGCUGAUGAAGUCAAUAAUCAAGUCAACAACAUUACUUAAUAGAGUUUUUCGGCGACUUU